UAUAAAAAUAAGAUUAUAGUUUUUAAUUUUACAUACGGCUUUGGUCUAAGUAUAGAUCCAUGGUCUAAGUAACAAAAUGGCGUCGAAACGUGGAAUAGAUACACAAGUGCAACUAGUACAAAUUGACGGCUUGGUAGUUCUCAAGUUAAUCAAACACAGUCAUGAAGAAGGAGCUGGUGGCACAGACCUUGUGCAGGGUGUUUUGUUAGGACUAGUUGUAGAUAACAGACUUGAAAUUACUAAUUGCUUUCCAUUUCCUAAACAUAAUGAGGAUGAAGAUUUUGAUACCGUGUCUGUACAAUAUCAGAUGGAAAUGAUGAGGAACUUGCGCCAUGUGAAUGUUGACCAUCUGCAUGUGGGGUGGUAUCAGAGCACCUACUUUGGCUCCUUCAUUAAUCGCGCUCUGCUGGAUUCACAGUUUAACUAUCAGCAUUCUAUAGAUGAAUCAGUUGUGUUGAUCUAUGACCCACUGCGUACAGCACAAGGUUUUUUGUCACUAAAAGCUUAUCGUUUGACACCAGCAAUGAUGAAGUUUUAUAAAGAAAAUGACUUCACCCCUGAGAAUAUGGCAAAGCAUAACAUAAACUUUGAAACUAUGUUUGAGGAAAUUCCCAUUGUACUGAGAAACUCUCACCUUGUCAAUGCUUUACUUUGUGAACUUUCUGAUAAAACUCGCAAAGAGCAGAAAUUUGCUUCUCUUGAUCUUGGAACAAGCUCUAUGCUUGAAAAGAAUUUACGUCAGUUGAUGGAAUGUGUGGAUGAUGUGGCCAUGGAUACAAAUAAAUAUCUUAAUUACCAGCGUAACAAUUUUAGACAGCAGCAAGCCAAGCAACAGCAUAUUAUGAAAAGGGAUCAAGAAAAUCUUCAAAGAAAACAGAGAGGUGAGCCACCUCUGCCUGAAGAGGAUCUCAACAAACUCUUCAAGCCCCUUCCACCACCCCAACGUCUUGACUGUACACUUGUAGCAGGACAGAUGGACAGCUACUGCAAGCAAGUCUGUGAAUUUGCAUCUCAGAGUAUUGGCAAACUUUUCAUGGCAGAAACUUUACAUACUGGACAAAGCAGUUAACAAUUAUUCUAGACUAUUGUGUUAGGUUGUACUCCCUUCUGGUAUUGGUAUUUAGUCAUUGUUAUUGAAAAGUCAAUAUAUGUGAAAGCAGUUUGUUUCAAUACAUUUUUGGUGGUUCAAUAAAAAGUAAAGGGAAGGGGAAAAAAUCA